AUGAAGUGGAAUAUCGGAGCUUCUUCCUCAUCAUCAUCAUCCUCAUCCUCUGGCCCAGUCCUGACCGAUCCAUCUCUUCCCACCAACCAUCCUGCAAUCCCCACGUCCUCUAUCAAUCCACCAGCAGAAUGUCCAAUGCAUCGAUCGACUGCCCCUCCCCCUCCUCCUGCUUCCGGAGGAGGUUUAGCUAAAUGUCCGAUCGAUCACAAGAAUCUCGACCCAUCCAUGAACCCCUUAAACAACACCCCCGCGAAUCUUUCACUGAAUAGACAACCAGGCCAACAACUUGACUUACCUACCGAACGAACGCGAUCUACCAUCCCUCGACCAUCGGGUGAAAAUCCAGGUGGAGAAGCUUACGGUACGGGAUCGACGUGGGAUUACCCUUCACCUCAGCAAUUCUACAAUGCACUGGUAAGGAAGGGAUGGGAAACCCCAGAGGAUUCGGUGGAAGUCAUGGUGGAUAUACAUAAUUUCAUUAAUGAACAGGCUUGGUAUGAGGUCAUGAAGUGGGAGAAGAGAUUACCUGGGGGUGAAAACGCUCAAUUAGCAAGAUUCACAGGUAGACCAGGUGAAUUAUCACCCAAAGCAAGAAUGCAUCUAUGGUUAGGUAAAUUCUUCCCGAAUACUUUCAACACCGAACCACCAUUCGAUCGACACGAUUGGAUAGUCACUCGACCCCUUCCCACCUCCACGACCGUACCGAAGGAAGAAGCCUCUACUCGAUAUGUGAUAGAUUACUAUUCCGCUCCACCGGACGAAGAUGGAAAUCCCGUGUUCUCGCUUGAUGUGAGACCCGCAUUGGACUCAUUGGAAAGUGUUAGAGAGAGAAUUAAAGUUAGCUGGGAAGAGUGGAGAAAUAACAAUGCGAAUGGGGAUGGGAAUGGGCAGUAG